CGCCUUCUGUGGUAAAGCUUUGUGCUGCUGCUGAUAAAGUCGAUAAACCUUUGAACUCCCGUCCGCCGUGUCGCCUUUAAACAGUCUGACUGAUGGAGUCUUUCUCAGGAGACACGGAAGAAAGUCCCGAAGACACUCCAGGAUGGAAAAAGUCCAAGCUGAAAUCUCUGAAAAAUCGUCUCUUUGGGAGGAGUAAGAGAGCGGAAGCAGAAGGAAACCCCAAACUCAGCCAGUCUGUCAGUGACAUCACUGUGGGAAAGGCGCUCAGCUCGGAUGAAGAUUUGGCAUGUUCCCAGGGAAUGAUGGGAUCUCGGGCUUUGUCCCAUGACAGCAUCUUUCUGGCUGAUCAGGUUCUGACAGAUUCUGAACCAGUCAGAGUUCUGUCCAAUGAGAAUGUUCACAGCAAGAUCAAAGCUCUGCAGCUGAAGCUUCAGCAGCAGAAGUUACAUUUGGGGCCUCCACCUCUUCUUCUGCCAGUCAAGAGGUCUGAGGACCAAGAGGAUGAUGAUCCUCGUUGUUCCCCCACUGAAACCUUGGGAGGUGACGUCACAUCCCAGAGAGACCUCAGUAAGGUCAUAUGCCAACCAGUCACUCCUACCAGACCUACACCUCUUAAAUAUGCACUUCCGACUUCAUCCCCUCUUCUGCCAAUUUCCAUAUCAUCCAAUACUGCGUCUUCUGUUGUUGAGUCUCCUUUGGACUUCAGUUCUCCAGCCCACUUCACCUCCUGCUUGGAUACCUCUGCUGCUCGACACCGGAUGUCUAUAAAGCCCAGAAAUCAGAGAGCCAGUACCAAGAAGGGACUGUCUGCUACUGACUCUUCCUUGAACACCCUGAACAACACUGAUGUUACGGUGUCGACGAAAGAGAAAAAACAAAGUCUCGAUGCUCCAGAAGAUGAGAUCAUGGAACCAGAACGCGAAAUGGUGGACGUUGCUGUUGUGUCUUAUUUUCUUUCUUCAAAAUUACCAAAACCUGCUCCUGUCCCAUCAGAACCUUCCAAACCACAGGCAGCUCACACAGCUUUAUCCCAUCAGGAUCAUACUGUUCCUGGGAGUGCAACAUCUACAUCCUCCACGUCUCACAGGCCUACAGAUGUAAAUCGCAGUGACGAACCUCGGUCACCCUUGAUACAGUCAGACAUGACAGAAAGAGGAAACAGCUCUGACCAUUUUGAGACAGACACCAUGACACAGAACAAGAACAAUCUUCUAAGCAAGUCUGGAUCAACCGAAAUAAACUCCAAAGAUGUUUCUGUUCCUUACAAUGACGUAUCCACCAGCUCCACACCCAUGGCGGCUUUUGGGAUCUCUUCCAUUCACCAGCAGGUUAAAGAUGAGACUAAGAACACAAGAGGACUAAAGAGACCUGCACCCGGAUCAGGGUCUUUUCAUUUCUCCAUCACCUCUACCAAAGACCAAGAUGAACAGAGACCCCGAUCAGGCAGUUGGCUGGGAAUGUUACAAGAGGCUGAAGAUAGACUGAAAACAGCAAGGUGGUUGGAGGACAACUCUCUUUCUUCAAGUGUGAACCAGGAAAAGGAAGCACCAACAGAUGACCCAAACAAACCUGGACCUCCUCACAAAAGCUUGGCGCUUCCAUGGGACAAAAAGGACAGCCUUAAAAGGGCAUCAGCCAAAAACUCUGCACCUACUGGCCAGGAUUUAGAAGGGAAGGAAGUGGACAACAGUCAGGACGUGAAGGAAGAAGCCAUGGAGUCACAAGAAGAAGAAGAAGAAGCAAAGACCACAUUUGGUGUUAAAUUGCGUUCCACAUCUCAAUCUUUGAAAUUACGGUCAGGUGCUCCCUCUUCUGAUUUGAAGAUUAAACUUCAUCAAGGAGAAACAAACCCCUUAAACCCUCAACAUGCCCCUUCCAACCUUCCUUCACAGUCUUGCGAGGAGCAAUGCAACAAAGACAAAAAGCAUGACAUUUGUAAAAAUGCCAGUUCUGUGUUCAAAAAAACAGCAACAAACUUCACUUCUGCGCCAUCAACGUGUGGAAACCUCAAACCGACUGAUGGAACUCAGACCUCUUCUGGCCUCUCUGUUCCAGUCAAGCACAAGGCUCCGCCUAUUGGUGAUCCUUGCACCAUUGCAGAAAUGCAAGAACCCUCCACCAGUCCCAAAGAAAUGGGAAAUACUCCCCAGGAGCCUCAGUCUGCCCCCAAGACAGUCUCAUCUGAGGUAUCAUGGAUGAACCUGGCAAUGGAGAAAACCCGAAGUCUGCAGCAGCUGUUCACAAGUAGAUUCCCCAGAGAGACGGCAUAUCGACCUCAAAUGCAAUCGCAGCUGCCCAGCCAAGAGCAAAGUGAAUCUCACUCCCAAACGGCGAUGCAGCCAGAGGUACCAGCUGGGACACAAAGACAGAUGUGGACUGUAAAAACUCCCAAAAAGUGCUUCAACAGUGCAUGCCCCAAUGCAUUCACGACUAAUGCAGUCAAACCAUCAAUAACGCAAAGUAGAAGUCUGGAGCAGAGUGUCAAACCACCAGUACAGCAGAAGACAUCGGUGACAUCCAACAGUCAGUCAAGCACAUCUGGACAAACACAGGUGGCAAAUGACCCCCCAGUAAGCCCAAGUACAAGUCAAUCCAUGCUGCAGCCUCUUUCACACACAAAAAUACAGACAGCACAGUCGGCACAAACAGAGACUGUGUCACCACCUGCACAUGGUCCUGGUACUCAGUCCCUUACAGAACCUCAACCACCCUCAGACCAGCAAGCCACACCUCAGCAACCUCCCUGGUGCAAUCGAGGUCUCCACCUGGCCAGCCAACUCAAAUCCACAACAUCAACCCUGAGUUCCACUUCUACUGUGACAUCCGCUUCAGCUCAGUCUCCAGUUUCUGGUUUGGAAAAUGAAGACAGAGCUGCUGCCAUGCAGGAACAAGAAGGUCGAUCCCUGUCUGUAAGGCGAACUGUUUGGGCUGGGUCACGUGAUGAAGAACUGCUUUUUUUGGAGCGGCGGGCAGAGUGGAUCACUCCACCUGUAACCAAGGAGACGGAGCUGAAGAAAGGCCAAACAGAAACAUGUGCACCAGCUAAAUCCUGUGCAACAGCCAGUCCCACGCUGCCAACCAAAGGGUUAAGACACACAGGUUUUCUUGCAGAGUCAAGUCCGACCAUGGUUCCACAAAGAUCUGUUAGUCGCGAGGACAAAUGGUUGCGAAAAAACAAAUCUCCAUCUUCAUCACCGUCAUCGUCACCUACGUUGGCGUCUGCGCCACAGUCUGUGUCUGGCAGCAGCCAGCCCUCCUGGAUGGAACUGGCGAAGAAAAAGUCAAUGGCCUGGACUGAAAAGAACAUGGACUAAAAAUGAGAAUGGACAGAUCUGCAACAGAACAGUAUGAUUUCAUGCAGGGAUUACACAAAAUGAUAUACCAAUAAAUUGUAAUGUACAACAACAACAAAAAAAGUUCCUUUUGUAAAAGUUGCAAUAGUGAAACAGUGGUUUAAUUUCAGUGUUUGAUACAGGAUUGUAAGAUUUUGCUCAGGAUGUAACAUGUGGUGUUUGAUCUGGCCGUUAACAUGAGGAUUGCAGUCGUUAAUUCAGCUGCUGUGAUAUUGUGCACUGAAAUGCAGUUGUACUGUAAAGUGUUCAUAUUAUUUUGAGACAGAACAAUAUAUAUAUUAAAUAUCCUUCCAUGCCAAAACUACAAUAAGAUAAUGGAAUAUUUUCUGAAUGAUGUCUUGUGUGAU